AUGCACUGGGAUGGGUUCGCACGAGUGGAGCGUAGUGGUGCGGUGGCGCCACUCGCUUCGGCAUCGCUCACCCGGCCUCUCUCCCGUUGCACCACACCUGAUAUCGAACGUAUAUGAUCAUCUGUCCCAUUCCAUCAGGCGAAGGUCCUUUCUGGCCUCCAUCAAAGCGGGCGGCGACCCUAGCACCUCCGACUCACCCCAAAAUGCAGCCGCCCUCAGGGCCUCGGGAGGUGGUUUUGGGACCCCGACCAUGAAACGUGAGUGCGUGGGGGCCGUUUCACCGCAAACUCAGUGCUCACACGCCUUUCUCCAACAGCCUUCAAGGUUCCAGCAUCGACUACCUCGACGCGCUCAAGGCAGCUCGGUGGAUCUCGAUCAAAGUUCCAUGCCCCGGGCCAGAAGCGCGAGCGCGAAUACGACGAAAACACCUUCUACGGCGACCUCACCACCAGCAACGAGUACGACCCACUCGCGGCGAAGAAAGCUCGCAAGGAGGCCAAGAAGGCCGCCGCUGAAGCCAAGGCUGCCGCGGAGGAUGAUUCGGACGAUGGCAAGAAAGGAAGAGGAGGCUUCGUCGAUCGUUAUGUUCCCCCUUCGGCACCGCGACGAUUCCCCGUUUUUCGACCCAAAACACCUGAGCAAUCCUUGAACAAGGGUUUUUCGAUCCCCGGGAUGAAACGCAAGGGUCAACUCGUCGAGACUCGACCGUCGAAUCUUCCCCUCGGGACACGACGGGUCGGAGAUGUUCUCCCUCGACCUUUGUUCGACCCUCUAGAAGACCACGCCGUCGUGCUCUGGGAUCCUACGAUCGACGACCGCGAAGCUGAAAGAGAAGCCGAGAAGCAGCGCCUACUCCAACUUGAACGUGACAACGCCGACGACGCCGAAUUGGCUCGAGCUGAAGCUGAAGCCGAAGUCGAGCGCCGCAAGUACCAUCGCAGUCUGGCCGAGAUCCUCGGUAUCGUCAAGCUCGACGCGGACGCCAAGAAGAAGAUGAAAGUUCCGGUCGUCAUUGAUCCGAGGGUCGGCAAGGUCCUGCGACCACAUCAAGUUGAAGGCGUCAAGUUCUUGUAUCGCUGCGUGACAGGAAUGACGGAUGAGAAUGCUCAUGGGUGCGCUUUCGCUGAGUUGAGAAGUAUCUCGCUCUGAAACUGAUGCGGUCCUUUUCUUGCGCGAUGUUUACAACAGCUGUAUCAUGGCCGACGAGAUGGGUCUCGGCAAAACGGUAUGUACUGGGUAAGGCCUAAUUGGCUUUAAGCGAUCUCUAAUAGGGUUACAUCCGUAUCGCCACAGCUACAAUGCAUUACGCUCAUGUGGACAUUGCUCAAGCAAUCGCCUACUGCGAAUCGACCGGCCAUCGACAAGGCCAUCGUCGUGUGCCCGUCCUCGCUCGUGCGCAACUGGGCCAACGAGUUGGGUAAGUUCAUUCGUCUUGAUUUUGUUAACUAGCGAUGUUUCUCACGUCGUGAUGCUGCUCCAACAGUGAAAUGGCUUGGCGAAGGGGCCGUCUCUCCCAUGGCGAUCGACGGCAAGAGCUCGGCCGCGGACAACGUGGCGCAGAUUAGGCAGUGGUGUUCGAGUAAGGGCAAGAGUGUCGUCACGCCGAGUAGGUCACACCUAUGCUCUUGUUCCUCGUGAACCGUUCGACCCUCUGACAACGUUUUCUACCCGGACAGUUGUCAUUGUCUCGUACGAGCGUCUUCGGUCGUUAACAGAUGAACUGGGGCAGACCGAGAUUGGGCUGCUGCUCGCCGAUGAAGGGCAUCGUCUCAAAAAUUCGGGUACGUGGAAGCUUCAUCGCACUCGCACGUGGUACUGCUCUAACCCCUUUUCUUGGGCCAUUGCCGCAGACAAUCAAACGUAUACGGCUCUCAUGUCGAUCAACUGCAAGCGUCGCGUCAUUCUCACCGGUACACCAAUUCAGGUCUGUACACAGGUGUGCGCUUGACAACGAUCCCGCCCGCAGCACGUUGACGAGGAUCGCUCCUACCCCAACAGAAUGACUUGAACGAGUACUUCAGUCUGCUAUCAUUCUGCAACCCCGGCUACCUCGGCACGAAACAAGAGUUCCACAAGUGCUACGAGAUGCCGAUCCUGCGCGGUCGGGAUGGUGAAGCAACGGAGAAGCAACAAGAGGUCGGCAGCGAGAAAUUGAAAGAGCUGAGCACCAAAGUCAACAAGUUCAUCAUCCGACGCACGAACGACCUCUUGUCCAAGUACCUUCCCGUCAAGUACGAACACGUCGUCUUUUGCGCCUUGUCGCCAUUCCAACUCGCCUUGUACCAACGCUUCAUGCAUGCUCCAGAGACGAAGAAAUUGCUGCGCGGUCAGGGCUCGCAACCCCUCAAGGCGAUCACGAUCCUCCGCAAGUUGUGCAACCACCCCGACCUGCUCGACUUCGACGAAGACGUCCCCAACGUCGACGACCUCUUCCCGCCCGGCUACAACCCUCGCGAGAAACGUCCACGCUACAAGAUCCUCGAAACCGAGUUGUCGGGCAAGCUCGCCGUCGUCGAUCGGUUCCUCGAGAAGAUGCGUCGCGAAACGAAUGACAAGAUCGUCCUCAUCAGUAACUUUACCCAAACGCUCGACGUCCUCGGUCAAUUGUGCUCUUCUCGAAAGUAUGGGUUUUUGAGGCUCGAUGGCACGAUGAGCACAGACAAGAGGCAGAAGUUGGUCGAUCGAUUCAACGAUCCGGAGGGGAAGGAACUCGUCUUUUUGCUGUCGUCCAAGGCGGGAGGCUGUGGGAUCAACUUGAUUGGCGCGAAUCGACUUAUUCUGUUUGAUCCUGGUCAGUCUCGCGUGAGAAUCCUUGAUUCCGUCGGAUGAUCCACACUGACGGGUCCUCAUCACGCUGCAUCGGCAGAUUGGAACCCUGCCUCGGAUAUGCAAGCCCUCGCUCGUGUGUGGCGCGAUGGGCAGAAGAAGAACUGUGAGCUCCCGCUAUGCUUCGCGAUCUCGAGUGUCGUUCUUCGCUCACCGCAUAAUCACACCUGUCUGCUCACAGGUUUCGUCUAUCGUUUCGUCGCAACUGGAACGGUCGAGGAGAAGAGUGAAUUUUGUUCUCACCGUCUAAUUGUGCGAUGCGCUGAUGCUGAUCAGUGCCCCUCAUUGAUCGCAGUCUUCCAACGCCAAUCGCACAAGCAGAACCUCUCCUCCUGCGUCGUUGAUUCGAACGAGGAUAUUGAGCGCCAUUACUCGGGUGAUAAUUUGCGUCAAUUGUUCCAGUACAAAGAGUCGAAAUGCGAGGUGCGUCCCCUAGUCAUCGGGCCGGAGAACGAUUUGGACCUUGAGGCUGACAUACGACCGUGUUCAGACGCACGAGCUCUUCAAAUGCAAGCGCUGCAAGAACGGCAAACAAAUGCUCAAAUCGCCCGCGAUGUUGUACGGCGACACAAGCACGUGCGUACACCAUUUCAAUUGCCACCUCUGAGCCAUUACUUCCUUCAGUGAAAAGCUCAUGUGUAACCUCCAUGGUCGUGCACCCACAGGUGGAACCAUUUGAGUAACGCCUGUCUCGCGAAUAUCCAUGAUGAUCUGUUGAGGGCCGAGACGGGAUUGGAUACGGUCACGGCGUGCUUUCAGUAUAUUUCGACCUGA